AUAAAUAAAAUAAAAUAAAAUAAAUUAAAGGCAGUGGAUAUAUAGCCAAUUAGUUACUCCACAGCAGUUGUCUUUAUUCUUUUUCUUCUGAGUGGGCAAUCUUAUUCUUACGUACGCACAAAGUUUCACAAAACACUCCCACCGAAAAUGGGAUUACAGAAUACUGAUAGGCAAAGCCUUGUGUUCUUGAUUCUCUUUAGUUUCUUGACCCUUCUUUCCUUUUCAGGAUCUGUUGAUGCAUACAAGAACUACACUGUGGGUGAUUCUUUAGGAUGGUAUGAUAAUAUUGAAAAGCCUAAUGUUGAUUACCAGAAAUGGGCUUCUACCAAGAACUUCAGCCUGGGAGAUUUCCUCAUUUUCAACACAGACAACAAUCAUUCAGUCAUCCAAACAUACAAUUUCACAACCUACGAGCUCUGUGAUUAUGAGGAUGCCCUAGACAAUGACACAGUGCAAUGGUCAUCUGAUGAUCCAUCAUCCACCACACCACACCCUGUUUCUGUUGCAGUUCCUCUUGUCAAAGUGGGAAUGACUUAUUUUUUCUCAAGUGAUUAUGAUGGAUGGCAAUGCCAAAAAGGGCAGCAUUUUAAGAUUAAUGUGACUUAUGGCCAAGGAUUACCUCCAAGUUUAAAGUCAUCGUCUGACAAUUCUCCGGCCCCGAUUAGCCCAGAAUCCGGAGACGAUGAGUCGGCACCGGAAACUUUGGUUCCAUCUAAUUUUGAUAAUCCUAAGGAUACCAGUGAUGAUACAGUAGAACCAUCUCAAUCUGUUCCUUUAUUUGCUUUUUCAAGAGUCUUUGGUGUUCAAUUGAGUGCAAUUUUAUUUUUGCUAGGACCUUUAUGUAUUUAUUGAUUAGUAGUGAUGAUUUUUAAAUUUAUUUAUUUUCUUUGUUUUAUUUUUAGGAAUAAUUCUUGUGAGGUAUGUAUUAAGAUGCUCAAAAUGUGUGGUUCUAUUUGUAUGUAACGUAUGAUUUAUUCCA